AUGAAGCUCUCGGUGGUUCUCCUGUGUGCCCUGGUUACCAUCCAGGCUGCGCUGCUCACCGCACCAUCCGCAGAGGCUAGCGGGCUCGAGCUCGGCUACUACAACAAGAAAUGCAGGGGCGUGGAGAACGUUGUCAAAGGACACAUCAUCCGGGCUAUCAAAAAGAACCCCCGUGUCGGCCCCGCCCUUGUCCGGCUCGUAUUCCACGACUGCUUCGUUAGGGGGUGCGAUGGCUCUGUCCUCCUUGACAAGUCGGCCCAAAACCCUCACCCUGAGAAGGAAGCGCCGGCGAACAUCGGGCUCGCUGCCUUCGACAUCCUUGAGAUGAUCAAGGCAGACAUCGAGAAGAGGUGCCCCGGCGUGGUGUCCUGCUCCGACAUACUUGUCUACGCUGCCCGUGACGCCACCAAAAUUCUCAGCAAGGGUCACAUCAACUACGACGUCCCCGCCGGCCGCCUCGACGGCCUCGUCUCCUCGGCCUACGAGGCACAGGCGGAGCUCCCGGAUUCCACCUUCACUGCCCAGCAGCUCAUCGAGAACUUCGCCCGCAAGAAUUUCGACGUUGAGGAGCUCGUCAUCCUCUCCGGCGCUCACUCCAUUGGCAUGGCACACUGCUCGUCCUUCAAAGGCCGUCUCACCGCACCUGCGGACCAGAUCACCCCGGCCUACCGCAACCUGCUCAACUACAAGUGCGGCCAGAGCGCCAACCCGCUCGUGGUCAACAACGUCCGCGACGAGGACUACAACACUGUCGCCACUUUCAUGCCAGGGUUCAAGAGCCGGGUGCGCAAGAUCAGGGACUUGUUCGACAAUUCCUACUACCACAACAACCUCGCUAGGAUCGUCAGCUUCAACUCCGACUGGGUGUUGAUGACGCACAAGGAGGCGCGGGGCCAUGUCCAUGAGUACGCUGACAAUGCCACACUCUGGAACGACGAUUUUGGUGAAUCCAUGAUCAAGCUCAGCAAGUUGUCCAUGCCGGCCGGGAGCAAGGGCGGGAUCAGGAAGAAGUGCAACAUCGUCAGCCACCCCCUGCACUAA